AUGUGUUCUAAUUUCAGAGAAUUUUUUGAUGUAUUCAGCUCUAUUGAACCUUAAUUCAAUUUAGAUUAUUUUAUAUAUGAAGAUGAAGAAAAGGACAUUAUUACAAUAUCUAAUGAAGAAGACUUUAGUUGUUUUUUAAAUAGUUCUAUUUAAAGUUUAUAAGCAUAAGGAAAUUAUAAAAGUUUAAAGUUACAAUAAGAAUCAGAAAGGAAUUUGAUUCUUAUUCAAAACUUCAAAAAUAAAUCUUAAAUAUUUGCUAAAAGGUUGAGAUAGAAUCUAUUAGAUGUAAUAAUAAAGCAUUAUUUCAUAGAAAAAAAUGUAUUAUGAACAUUAUUUGUAUAUGAUUAAGACUCUAAGAAAGUUACCAAUAGAAUAAUAAUAAUUAUAUCAAGAAAAAAAGUUAAUUUUGAUAAAAAUUGAGGAUUAAAAUAAAAGUGUAGAAUAAAGUAAGUAACUUAAAAUGAGAACAGAUAAAGUUUGCGAUUUUUUUAUUUCGAAUAUAUAUUCAAUUAUAGAUGAGGCUGAUAAAAAAAUAACUUAUAAUGAGUCAUCUUAAGAAGAAUUUAAUAAAAAUUUGGAUUAUAUUUCUAAUAACUUGGUUGAGUAGAUUUCCUUAAUAUAUUAAAAUAGAUAUAAUAAAUUAAUUGAAAUUAGAGAAAGAUAAAUGAAAGAAAUAAGAAAAAUGAUAUAAUUGAAAAAAGAUUUGUAUAAGUUGAAAAUCAAAUGAAAAGAAGAGAGAAGGAAUUAAUUUUAAAAGAAAAAUAUUUUAUACAGGGUAUAAAUGCAAUUAAAAAUUUAUAAAGAAAGCUUUGAUUUUAUUAUUUUAUUUAAA